UAGCCGCCCUCACUUAAAAAGCGUAAUUUAUGAUUUAAGUGGAUUAAAAAAUUGGAAAAUAAAAAUUGAAUGGCGUAUUUAAUUAUUAUUUUAUACAGGAUAUUAAAAAAGAAUGUGAAAAAAUGGAAAGUGGUGUAAUCAGAACGUACGACUAUUUUUGUUGAAUAAAAACUAAAAGAUAAAUACCAACGCAGUAGAAGAUAGAAUUUUUAUUAUAAUUAAAGAAAAAGCAUGGAUGUGUGCCUAAAAACGGUGUUUUAUUCGAAAACAAGGGGACAUCGUGAAGAUCUGGAAUCCCAACAUCUAUAAAUUAUUAAAUAUUACCCAUUUUGGGACCAUAAACACAGUUUUCCUUUAUAAAUACAUUUAAUAAUGUUUAAUCUUAGAUAUAUACACUCCAGAUACAUAUUUUUUCUAUGUAAAGUAUUUUGUGUAAGAGGAAUCACGAAUCUCCAUAUCUUCUUAAUUUUAAUGUUUAUAACCACUUUAUCCUAUAGAUAUAUUAUCUUUAAAAUAUUUAUAAUUUACUGUUGCCACCAUUUUAAAAUUUAAAGGAACUUGUACACCUGAGCUGCAAUUUAUGUACUUAUGGUAUCAAAAUUUUCCAUCACUUUUAUGUCCUCAGAAUUCCCGAAUAUUCCUUUUGAAAACCUUCCUUUUUUGUAACAUGUGACUAAAUUUUCACAUCUUAAUAACUUGUACAAUUUUGUUCGUUUUUUACACAUUGCGCUUAUAAGAAUGGCCUCCGAAACGACGGAAGAGAGCGUUUCUGCAAUCAACAAACAACUAGAAUCCAUAAAUGAUCCCAAAAUCAAAUCAUACUUUUCUGAACUAGAAACCCUAGGAGAUAUCACAAAAUCUAAUUUUGGAAAAACUAUUGAUAGAGUCAAUGUAGGACUAUCAAAAGUUGGGGCUAGGCCGGUGAGUGGAAUUAGAGGAUUGUAUUUUAACAAGGGGAUGUGGAAGGUGAAAUACUAUGACAAUGACUACGAAAUCGUUACUUGCCUCUUCAGAUAUGACGACACCGACAAGCUCAUCAAGAGCUAUCACAUCGCACGUUCGUUCUUGAACAAAGUUAUCGAGUACAACCGACACAUUAAUGAGGACGACGGCACUAUUUUGGAAGAAUUGAACAAUGACCAAUUAAUCGAGCUGGAUAAGAGGAAAAGCAAGGUUACUUACGAGGUUACAUCUCGACCUUAUUUGUCAGACCUAUGUGAUAAAAACGACCCUCUGAUAAUCGAAAACUUAAGUUUGAAGAGGACUCGAAACACUCAACCGGGCGCUUAUCUCACCAGGCCAUACUACAGAGACAGUCAGGUCAAAAGGAGGAAAAAAGAAACGCCGACUUCCAUAAACAACAUCGCCAUCCCCGUCAUCACAACAGCCAGAAACGUAGGAACUAGGAUAAAAAAUAGAAAAUUGUCCAAAUUCGAGGCCAAAAUCUUGAAAUACAGCAAUUACAGCACCAUUGAAAUGAUUCAUGACAUGAUUGAUAAGAAUUGUGAAUCCAAAUUGUGUGAUCACGGAAAAUUUUAUUCCAUAAAGCAGAAAAAUUGCGAAUUCAGAUCGAUUGAUCAAUCAGAAAAAUCUUCUGAAAAUAUGGUAGGCCAAGCCACAGUAAAGCAUGAAAUUAAUGAUUCAAAGGGGGGGAACAAUUGUGAAACCCAAAAACCAAAAAAUCGGAAAACUAAGCGUUCAAAUGACGAUUAUAUGUUGAUUAUUAAGUCUUAUAACUACGACAAUUGCUUCAAAAAGGAGUUGAACCAGUAGUGUUAACAAUAGCAAAAUGCAGUAAUUCAAGGAUGAGUAGAUAAAGUGUAUUAUAACAUAUCGAAAUGUAGUAUAAGUGUUUGUUAAACAAUUCCUGGAUUAAAUAUUAACAAUGUAGUUUUGUAAAGUAAAUUGUAUAUAUUGUGAUAAAGUAGGAUAUGUAAAUUAACAAGUAAAACAGAUUGUUGUUUUCAAAUGUAAAAUAUUAAUCUCAUACUACAAUU